AUGGAACCCUCGGUGCAGGCAACUUUGAUCUUGUUAGAUUGCCACAAAGACGCGCUUACGAGACCGGUUAUUUUAGCUGAGGAGACCGGCUGUACGCUAUGGACUUGCUUUGUCGAGGGAGCUCUCGAAUAUUGUCGGAUCGUGUUUGAUUUGUUCGAGGAUGCUGCGAUCUCAAUUCAUGUCGCAGGAACAACUAAGGAAUUAUCUAUUCUCAGCGACUGGCACGUACGAAAUGUAAACGAGAUAGCAAACAACUUCAAAUAUAUUCCAUCUCAGAUUCUCGACCCAUUCCUAACACGAAUGGAACAAGCUCUCGAAAAUGCUGUUAGAUCACUGAUUAGUUACAACCCACGAUCUAUGCCCACUCAAAUGGCUUCCUCAACGCCUGCAAGCAAGAGAGUUAGAGUCAUAUGGAUAGUUAUGGGCAAAGGUGGCGAACGAGAGUUUGAUUAUUGUGAGACGGAAGGAGCUUUACCGUCUUUUGAUCUUUGUCAGUUGAUACGGGCCGUGUUCAGACGCGUUUGGAGUUCAAGAGAGCAUCGUGACGGAUUGCCACUUGAUCAUUGUCAUUUUGACAUUAUACGCGUGGUACCGCCUUAUCAGCCUUUACCCAAUGACAUGCCAUGGACAAGGAUUGGGGCUAUCACGUACAAUGGUGCAUCUUGCUCAACUACACCGCCGGUUGCAUACGUUGCAACUAAAAGGCGUCCCGAUGAAGCGAAUACGAAAGUGUCAUACGAAAUCAAUCUAUUAUAUCAUACAAAGCAACAUGUCUUGUACACAGAUGCAGAUAUACUUGAGGAAACGAAACAGGUGAACCGACGUAUAUAUGAAGAAAAUUUUCUUUCUGAACGAAGAAAUGUAAUAAAAUGGUGCAAGCGGAAGAAUCAAGAGCAUGACAUGAUAGCAACAGAGUGUAUUCAUCGUGCUACGCCUCUUGAUAUAUCUCAAUUACCAACAGUGGUAUUCACACAAAACUUAGUGAGUGGUAUUAUAAUACCGUCAUCCAAGAUUGGCGUUAGCGACGAUACUCCGCCUAGUUUGAAAGAGAGUACCCAUGUAAUCGCAUUUCAUAAUGACACGAUAUACGUACAUUGUCUUGCUCAAUCAAACGAGGGGAAAUAUAUAUCACUUGAACGUGCUACGCCACCCAAAGUAUUAUUACCCCGGCCAAAAGCACUAGUAGCUACACAUAUAAAUCAAUGUGUCCAGUCCAUAAUAAGACCCAACAUUAUAACUUCUGUUGAAAACCAACAGAUCUAUGACACUAUAGACAAUUCAAUUACCGUCCUCGACACUGCAGAACUAAAUGAUCAGUUCAGCACUGAACCCGGUGUAUCAAAUGCGAAUACCAUUGUCACAUCAUCUGCAGCUCUCGAAAUGGAAACGAGAUGGUGGAAAGGUUUGUUAACCGGAAACGUCGACGUGGGAUGGAAACUGUUGAUUGGUCUUGGAAGACCUGUACAGGAUAGACCCGGCCAGUCAGCUCAGAAGAAUACUGGCGAUGGGAAGGGUCCAGUGAUUGAGCAAUUGGCUGCUUUGAGAAGCAUACUUUGUACUGAGAAUCCUCCACUAGAUUACAUACAGAACAUGAAUAAGAUAAUUGAUCGAUUAUUGACAAUGCAGCGUGGACAGGGAACGAUCGCGUUUGAGAGUCAAAAAUUAGCUGUAUCUUUAUUGAAACAAACAAGAGUAUUGGGCGAGAUGUUCAAGAACAAAUCAAAGAAACAUUCUGAGAUAUAUACUCUUCUAACAUCUAGAAUAAAACCCGAUGGAACGGAAAAUAAAACUAUUAGCUUAUCCCCUCAAUCGCAACAGACGGGCUCACCAGGUUCAUAUAGCGCCCGUGGAUCAAGGUAUUAUCCGUACCCUAAACGUGGUCAAUCAUCACGCGGGCGUGGUGGUCGUGCAUGGAAUCAUUCAGGAAGUGGCGAUGAGGGUCGGAAGACGCCGCCUAUAAAAGUUGUACCUACACCUUAUUUGAGAUAUAUUCCAGUUACAUUGCAAGCAACUGCAGAGGAGGAAGAGAUCUAUAAAGAAAGAUUAGGAAAUGAGGGUUUACUAUUUUCUCGGUAUUGGACAUUGAAGCGAGAGAGCGGGAAGAAAAGGAAAGAAUUGGAUGCAAGAAUUCCCAUUUCCAAAAAGACAGAUUUUGAGAUUAAAAGAAAAAAGACAAUGUUGAGAAUGACUCCGGCUGUACAUCGAUCGGUAUUAUGUCUCGCAGUUGACACGGGAUAUGUCCGAGAUGGGGAUGAUUAA